UUCCUUUUCGGGUAGCAGAGCAGUCAACGAAGAAUGUCGUCUGUUCCGACAAAUGCAAGAAAACCAACACGAGCAAUGGCCAUUGUCCUGUUGGGAGUUCUCAGUCUUGCACUUUUAAGCAUUUACCCAGCUCGUGGGUGUAGUCAGUCGCCUGAUCAUCUUCACUCUGGAACUCGUGUGAACUGCAGCUACUGCAAUCUAACAAGGGUCCCUAAUCACUUGCCAGGAAACACAACCAUCCUGGAUAUAAGUCACAACAAUAUCUCCAUCUUAGACAAUACAUCACUGCCUCUGCCUCAUCUGCGAUACCUUGAUGCUUCAUUCAGUAACAUUUCAAAGCUUAGUGCGGAUGCAUUCAAUGAAACAACCAGCUUGAGGGUACUCCUUAUGGUUGGAAACAAGCUCACCUAUACUGACUUCCCACACGAAGUCUUCCUUCCUCUACAGAGGCUUCAGAAGAUCCACCUGCACAACAAUGAUGGCCAAAGGCAAGGCACUUACCCGAAGGCCUUUGGGAAACUUAGAUCUAUCCAGGAAAUAAGUCUUGAUACAUUUGAAGUCACUACAUUUGAUAAACUCUUUGCAAAUAUGACUAACCUUACGACACUGUUGCUGGGUUUCCGGGGUUGUAAAUUAAAGUCCUUAAAAAAUGACACUUUCGUCUAUUUUUCCAAAGUGCCCAUUGCAACUGUAAAUCUUGAUCAUUGUCCACUUGUAGACAUUGAGAGCAAUGCAUUUUCGCAUUUUGUGUCUAUAAGGAUCCUCAAUAUGUCGUAUUCAGGAUAUUUACCUCCGACUACAGCAGUAAAAUCUAUGUAUGGACUUAAAGGGAGGAACUUGUCCUCAGUGACAAUGGAUGGCGCAUUUGAUGGGUUUGGUAUGACAUGGCUUGCCAUUGAAAACCAGAUCUUGUCCGAGUCGAUAGUGAACAUUCUAAAUGACGUGUGUAUUGCUUCUUUUUCCCUGAAGAGAAAUAGGAUUAUAUGGAUUGAUGACAACUUUUGUAUGUCUGGAAUUUUUUGUGCGUGUAUACGGUCCUUGGAUUUAUCAGAAAAUUACAUCUUUGGAAGUCCUAAAUUGUUCCUGAUGAUGUCACUGACGCCAAACAUGAUUUCUCUGAAGAUAACGAAAGUUGCAUGGGAUGAACUGGAUGUUCAAGGGCAAAAUCUCGGACAACCUCGAAUUGAUAACUUAACAAAGACACUGCAUCGUCAAGUGCAAAAUCUAGGACCUCAUAUUAAUAUUUACUUACCAAAGACACUGCGUCUUCUUUAUGUUCCUGCUAUAAUGUCGGUUCCAGUUCAACUUCAUCAGCUGAAUGUUCUGUUUGUGAAUGCAUCUUCUUUGGAAUAUGUCAAUUUUGCAUACAAUGGCUUUAAUCAAUUUCAAAAUAUAUUUGGUCUCACAAAUCUACCACAGUUAGAUAUAUCUGGAAAUCCGCUAGGGGGUAUAUUAGAAAAUUCAUUUGACAAGCUACCUGGCUUAACAUAUUUAGAUAUGACCAAUUCUGAUCUUGGAAACCCGGAACACUACCUUCUGGAGAAUGGGCAGCGACUUCUCCGGCCUUUACGGCGAUUAAGAAGUAUUGUUUUAGCUAACAAUAAUUUGAUGUCUUUCGAUAAACACAUGUUUGCUGAUAACCCUCUUGAAAAAAUUGAUCUUUCAAGGAAUCGUUUUAGAAGCAUACCCUUUGAUUUGACAAGUACCCCCAACCUUCGUAAUCUCGACCUCAGUUAUAAUUCAGUGGUAGAUUUAUCCAAUAUUGAAAUGACCCUCCUGGAUGUCCUAGCCUCCAACAACAGCUUCACCCUGAACCUGAGUGGCAAUCUUCUGUCCUGUGGAUGUCACAACCUGAACUUUAUUCUCUGGUUGUCCAACACCAACGUUAAUCUCGUCCCAAGUCGCACAUAUGGUUGUCUCCAGGACGAUGGCACCAUCGAUAAUACCUCACACUAUGCCGAGAACUAUGAGAAAGUCUGGAGGACGUGUUACGGGAGAUUGAUGCUGGCGGGAACUGUUUCAGGGUUUGCAAUGACCAUUCUUACUAUGGCUGGAAUGUACAUUGUUGUUGUAAGAAAAACCUUGCUUGUAAACAUAGUGCUGCGAUUGUUUGGCUACAGAACUACAGUCCGUCCUUUACGGCGGUUUGACUUCCCGAACGACGCCUACAUCGGCUACAGCGAUGUCGAUUACCAGUACGUUUGUCACACUGUGAGAGAACUCCUGGAAGAUAGACAUGGAUUCAAACUCUUCCUAAAGGACAGAGAUACCAUCCCUGGAGGACAAAUAGCCGACGACAUCAUCAACGGAAUAGAUUCCAGUUGGAAGACGGUCCUCAUUAUCACUCAGUCGUUUGUAGAGGAUCAGUGGUGCCGCUUCAUUGUCAACCAUGUUGUGUAUUCGUCUUCGAGAAUGCCCGCAGGGAGCAUUGUUCUUGUGUUGUUUGGGGACGUGAGACGAGGGGACAUCCCUCCAACCUUACUGAACGUCGUGGAGGAGAGACACAUCUUCAGUGUGGGUAGAUACAUGGCCGAUGAAGGCAGGCUGUGGGUGGAGGUCAGCCAGUGCAUCAAAGUGAAUACAGAAGAUGGAAUUGCUUAA